GCUCAACUUGGAUCUAACCUAUUGUUUUCAUCCAGCGGCGGCAGCAGCAGCACGAGCAGCGGCGGCGGCAGUGCUGCGGUUCAGCCCGGAGACAGCUGAGCAGCAGAACCGCGCUUUAUCCAACUACAUGGAUUUCGUUACUACUAUUAUCCCCCCGUCGUUUUUGGCUUCGUACGAGCAGCGCAGCCGUUAAGCUGCUGGGUAUCAGAGCACCCGGGGUGUCUUCAUUUAGCUACACGACCUGGAGCGGAGAGACUCGCCCCCUUUCAAACAAACGGAGCGAAAACAAACCUCCAGACCCUUCUUCAUUUAUCCAGCGCUUACUGCCCCCGUCUCUCCGCUGCCCUGUCUCCGCCGCCUCCGCUUCAGCGAUGCAGCUCCGCACCGUUUUGGACGUGAAAGUCGUGGACGUGGAGAAACGGAGGCACCCCUCCAAACACUACGUGUAUCUCAUCAAUGUUACAUACUCUGACUCCACGUCCCACAUCAUCUACAGGAGAUACAGCAAGUUCUUUGAUCUUCAGAUGCAGAUUUUGGACAAGUUCCCAAUUGAGGGAGGGCAGAAAGACCCCAAAAAGCGCAUCAUCCCUUUCCUUCCAGGUAAAAUCCUGUUUCGACGAAGUCAUGUACGAGACGUGGCCAUGAAGAGACUGAGAUUUAUAGAUGAUUAUUGCAGGGCGCUGGUGCGACUUCCUCCCCAGAUCUCCCAGAGCGAGGAGGUCCUGCGCUUCUUCGAGACCAAACCGGACGACAUCAACCCUCCAGUGGAGGACUAUGGCUCCAAGCGCAAAUCAGUUUGGAUGUAUGGCCUACAGGACAGUCCCACCAAGUCUGAGGCCUCAGGCCUGGACAGUGGGGAGCCCAUGGUGCUGGAGCAGUUUGUGGCCGUGGCCACGUACGAGCGGCAGGAGAACUCCGAGAUAAGCCUGAGAGCCGGUGAGACGGUGGACGUGAUCGAGAAGAGCGAGAGCGGCUGGUGGUUCGUCAGUACUGCAGAAGAACAGGGCUGGGUUCCUGCCACGUAUCUGGACGCUCAGACCGGCACAAGAGAUGAUCUAGAUCUGGGCACGUCCAGAUCUGGAGAGGUUACUAAGCGGCGCAAGGCCCACCUGAAGAGACUGGACCGGAGGUGGACACUAGGGGGAAUAGUCAACCGCCAACAGAGUCGAGAGGAGAAAUAUGUCACUGUGCAGCCCUACUCCAGUCAGGGAAAGGACGAGAUUGGGUUUGAGAAAGGAGUAACCGUGGAGGUCAUUCAAAAGAACCUGGAAGGAUGGUGGUAUAUCAGGUACCUGGGAAAGGAGGGCUGGGCCCCAGCCUCGUACCUGAAGAAGCUAAAAGACGACCUGUCUCCGAGGAAGAAGACCCUGACUGGCCCGGUGGAGAUCAUUGGCAACAUUAUGGAGAUCAGCAACCUGCUAAACAAGAAAGCCGUGAGCGAAAAGGAUGUGCAGACAGAUGGAGAGCCCACCACGCCGGAGCGUCACAUCUCCAAGAGCGAGAUCAGUCUUCCCAUUCAAUGUUCUGCUGAAGCAGAGCAGUCCAUGACGGCCAGCGUUGCUGCAGCUGCAGGCUCAGGAUGUGGAUCCAGUGCUGCUCUACAGGACAGCAAGCCAAAAGCAGAGCCAGGGUCACCUGCUAUAGCAAGAGUGGCUCCACAUCGAGUGGAAAUCGGCUUUGAGGCCAUAGGGUCUCCAAACCUCAGACAGAAACCUCCCCCUCGAAGAGAGGCAAAUCUGGGAUUCCAGUUGCCAAAGCCUCCAGAGCCCCCUACUGUGGAAGCUGAGUACUACACCAUUGCAGAGUUUCAGUCCUGCAUCUCAGAUGGCAUCAGCUUCCGUGGAGGACAAAAGGCUGAUGUAAUAGAGAAGAACUCUGGUGGCUGGUGGUACGUCCAGAUCGGGGAUAUGGAGGGUUGGGCACCUUGUUCCUACAUUGACAAGCGCAAGAAGCCCAAUCUGAGCAGGAGAACUAGCACCCUCACCCGGCCAAAAAUUCCACCCCCAGCACCACCUGUCAAGAAGCAAGACUCUGAGGAUUCACCCUCCUCAAGUGGUUGCAUCUCCAAAGCUCCAGAAUCCCCCAGCAGGCCUGUUUAUGAGGAGCCAGAGUAUGACAUUCCUGCCAUUGGUUGUGACUUAGAGUUGGACACAAGUAUAAAAAAGGACACAACUUUAAAAAAGGACACCAGUCUGAAAAAGGACACAAGUCUAAAAAAGGAUACAAGUUUGAAAAAGGACACAAACAUCAAAAAGGAUUCGAGUUUGAGAAAGGAACCAAAACCUGUGCAGAUCAAAAGCAGUAAAGCUGCUGCUGAGAGGAUUGCUCAGGCUACAGGCAAAGCCUCCCCCCUUUUACUUGUGAAGAGCUCCCCUUUUAGGAAUGAGGAUUCACUCAUCAGUGUCACUAAGGAGGAAGCUAUUUAUGAAAAUGACGGAUUUAGAUUCUCAUCCGACGACUUUUCCUCCACUAGAGAAUCCACCGUUGGAGACUCAGACUCUCUAAGAAGCCGCACCUUAGGCCGCAAGCCACUAGGCUCCUCCUCGUCUCCCGGAGGAGGAAGGUCUCUCAGGGACAUUCCGGAUCUGUACAGAAGUCACUCGUUGAACCGUCCUGAGAAGACUAGUCCUUGGUCAUCUUCAGAUGAAUCGAGCCGCAAUCCCAAAAGAGAGCCAGUCAUGCGCAAGGAUGUGGAAAUCAGGAUUGGCCAGAGUCCUUCAACACGUCCCAAACCAGUGGUCCGACCCAAGCCUCUUCUGAGUAAAUCUGAACCACAGAGCCCUGAGAGGAUGGACAUCAGUAGCUUGCGCCGCCAGUUGCGUCCUACAGGUGCGAUUCGGCAUGGCGUAGUCCGAGCUGCACGUGGUGGAGAAGACUCAGAGACAGCCUCUGUGGUGUCAUCAGAGGAUUCUGUCACUUCCAGAAGCAAUUCAGACCUUUCUAGCAUCUACUCUAAGGGGAGCCGGGGCGACUCUGAUUAUGAGACUUCUGUCUAUCGCACAACAGACGUCUAUGAGCGGGCACAAGAGUCUGAGCUCAGUGUUCCAGGUGGUGUGGAGGUGGAGGUACUUGAGAAGCAGGACAGUGGCUGGUGGUAUGUCCGCUGGGGUGUAGAAGAAGGCUGGGUCCCUACGUUUUACCUGGAACCUGUGAGACAACCUUCCGACGCGGGUGUCCCUGAGUCCCUUGAUGGACCUCUGGCAGAGCUUAACAAUACCAGCAAGUCGAACAGCCUGGAGAAGAAUGAGCAACGUGUGCAAGCCCUCAACAACCUCAACCAGCAGAAUGUCCGAAGGUUAAAUAAUCCCAGCCCACCUAUCCCUUCUAAGCCUCCAGGGGGGUUUAGUAAACUGUCUCCUCAGCUCAACGGUUCAGGCGUACGAAUGCGGAACGGCAUUCGCCAGGCCGCAGUGCGGCCGCAGUCGGUUUUUGUUUCUGCACCACAACCGGUGAAGGAUACUAACAUGUAUACAGGGUCCUUGAGGCGUAAUGAAUCGCUAGGUGCUGGCGACCACAUGAGGUCUAGUGGUGGUGUCCGCCGAAACUCCUCCUUCACUGCCGUGCGGCCACAGCCGGGAACUGAUGUGCGCUAUAGGUCUGGAACCACCACAGCUGUACCGGCCGGAAGCUCUAGCCCCUUGAUUGCCCAGAGAAACGGAAUCCCCGUAUCUACAGUAAAGCCCAAACCCAUCGAGAAGUCCCAUCUCAUUCACAACAACCUACGCGAAGUCUACGUGUCAAUUGCCGAUUAUCGAGGAGACGAGGAAACAAUGGGCUUCCCUGAAGGCACAAGUCUGGAGGUUCUUGAAAAGAACCCCAAUGGAUGGUGGUAUUGCCAGGUUCUAGAUGGCCUGCAAGGACGAAAAGGCUGGGUACCAUCCAACUACCUGGAACGGAAGAAAUAGCAUCAUCCCUCACCCCUGCAAAGAAUGUCACUUAAAUGUUUCCUUAUAUGUACAUUUGAUAACAAUUUGAACUCUGUGAGGAGGACUGUUUUUGUACCAUUAUGAAAAAAAAGAGACACUUUAGUGCUGGUUUACUAAAAAGUACACAACAAGACUCUAAAGACGAUCAGUGAUGCGGGUGUGGAGAACGCUAAUAAGAAUAUGUCUUGUCGGACAAAAUCGGGAGGGUCGUCCCUCCCAGUGUCUUAAGUAUGAUUGGGGGAUAUCGUCUCGUCUCCAGUUUGAGACAACAAGAAGAACAUACUCUACGACUACGCCUUUCAGAAAGGGUUUUACAUGAAUAACAGAAUGAUCCGGGCAAGCGUUGAGAGAAAUUCCAGCCCGAAAUUUUAUGCCAAAUGGGUGCCUUCGUCCAUCGUUGACUGAAUGUUAAUAGGAAUCAUUUGAACACCAGUGAAUCAGUUUCAGUACCAAAAUUCAACUGAGUGCCAUAGGCCUACGAACGCAGAUAUCACCAAAAUUAUUUUGCUACAGAGUUAAAGAGAGAAAGAGAGCGAGACAAGGAGAGAGAGAGAUUCAUUCAGCAUUGGAGUAGGAGUUUGAGUAACAGAAAUUGAAUGAAACCUUCCAGCACUCAAAAAACAAGAGAAUGUAAGACAUCGGAUACGCAAAUAACAAUGUUAACCGUUGAGUGCAGGUAAAGAUUCGAAAAAUUGAUUUUGUAUUUUUUACAUUUUGUUCUGUUUUUUUUUUUGUUUGGUUUUGUAUCUCGUGUUUGUUUUUGUCUUCCUUAGAGAUGUAUUUCUGCUUUCUUGUGACUCUUAUCGGCCUGCAGAAAAAAGAAAGAAAGUCCCUCACUGAGACGCUUCUGUGAUGUGAAUCGUUUCUUAUUGGUUUUGAAAUGUCUCUAAUGAGGGUCUCAUAAUUGGCUUUGCUUUAAUGCUCUCCACUUUCUUUUGCCCCCAUCAAAAUCCAAACAACAUGAAGAAAGGAUUGUUGACUCAUUAAAGGAUAAGAUGUGCGACAUUGCCGGAGCAUUGGAUAUUAUACUUAGGGCUGGAUGGUAAUUAAAUUCAGUUAACAUAUAUUGUAGUAUAAAAUGAUUCAGUGAUUCAAUGUAAAUUGUUUCAGAAGGAACCGAAAUGAUAUUGUAUUGACGGAACAUGAGAAAUAUAUUCUGAUAUAAGUAAUAAAUAUUUGGCCAUAUCGCCCAGCCCUAUUUUUGUUUUCUUUUUUAAUGCGGUAUCAAGCCUAAGAUAGGUUUAGUUUACAAAGUGCAAACUGUCCUGUUGCAGAGAACAGGACUGUGUGUAUGCUGCUCUAGAUGUGCUAUAUUUACUGCUCUCAGAGUGGUAAAAUAUAUUUUGGAAAUUCAGUACUGGAAAAAAUGUGGCAGAAUGUUCGCCAAAAUCAAUCCCAGGGAAUUAGUUACAUAGAAAUGAGCCCAAAAUGUGAUGAAACCAAAGCAGAAUGCCAAUACAUUUGCUAGUUUGUUGUGUUUUAGUUUAGUAUUUAUUUUGUGGGUACUAAGAAAUACGGUGUAUUCAGCAAAACCCAAACGAGGUUUUAGAACUGAACAAAAAUAGAUAUUUAAUUACUAUAUCUGGAAGCACUUGAUUGUUUUGUUUUUGUUUCUACCCAAAUAAAAGCACAUUGACAUGUAAGGUUCAUUUUGCCUUAUUACAAUAUUGCUGGGCAGUAUUGAAAUCAGUUGUUCAACUAAGUUUAACAGUAGGCAGUUGAGUUUUCUUAGGUAUAUUACAAUGACAAUUGUAGAAGAUAGUUUUAAAUGAAUUAUGAUUAAAUGCAACAUACAAUUUUAAGUUUAGCCUGUUUUUGUUGCUUUUAUUAAGUGGAUUAUUCAGGAUUUUAAAACACAUCUCCCUCUUUGAUAGUCCCAAUUAAGAAAAAAUAAAUAAAUAAAAUUAAAGCAAGAACAUGCUUUAUGAUCCAUGUCCGAAGGCUGAUGUUCAAGACUGCUGAAAUAUUUUUCUAAUGAACGGUGCAGUGUGAACUCUUUGUCGGGUUGAGCACUAACGUGUUGUUAAUUUUUGUCUGUUUUUUUUUUUUUUUUCUGCUGGACAGUAUUAUAGUAUUAAACAAAUUUAAGUACCUGCUAGAUUGCAGUUCUAUUCUAUAAGCAGUAGUAGAUUUUGUUUGUUUGUCUGUUCUUGUUGUUGUGUGAUCACACAUGGACAAUAAUGAUGAAUGGAAAGGUUCAUUUGUUGUGAGUUGAUGCAUUGUCAAAAAAAUGCAUCGAUUUAAAGAUGCAGUGUAUUUUAUCAGCACAUUAUUUAUUGAACAGAUUUUUUUUUCUUUCAUUUUGUAUUUAUAAUUAUUUAAUUAAAAAAAACAACAUGUUCAUUACCUCUGAUUUUUUUCUCAGUGCUUUGUCACUGUCAAUUCUGCAGUUAGAAAAUACAGUAUCUGUAUUGUUGAAGGCUCUCAGCAAGAUGCCUUCUUAGUGGCGCUCUCUAGUGACACAGAUUGGCUCUGUUUUUUUUUUGUUUUUAUCGCCACUGGUCUGAUGCAAAAUGACUUUUUCUUACUUGCAUUGGAGACUUAGUUUUAAAGAGUUAAAGGCUGUAGAAAGUGAAUGUUUUUUUUUCUACAAAAAUGCAGCUAAAGGCUAAGUAAAGCCUUAUUUAAUCCAGUUGAUCAUAUUUUUCCUUUUUUCAAGGCUGAUUGCUGCACCUUUAGCAACUAUAUGGACACUUCCUCUCUCGUUAUUGGACAUUCUAUAAUGCCAGAUUUUGUUUAAUGUUUCAUUCAUUUCUUGAUUUCUUACUUCACCUUGGUUGCAAGACAAUCAAAAUUUUACAAUUUGUGGGGAAAAAAGGGAGAUCAGCCUAACCACAAAACCCAAAUCAAUUUGAAAUGACCAGAUUUUAUCUCAUUUGAAUCACAAUGAUGAUAAUUUUGGCUUCAGCAGCAAUAAUUCUAUAUUUUGCACUAAAACGGUCUGUUAUUCUCAUCAAAAACAAGUAGACUGGAAAGCAAAUAAAAAAAUCACUUAAAAGAAUUUUUAAAGAAUUUGAAUUCUCCACCUGUUCCCGACCCUUUGACGAAGGCAUUAUAGAAAUGUGUCGACUCACUUCAACAUGUUUAAUGGAUAUUGCUUCUGUCAAGUAACUUCCAUUUACAUUUUAAGCUUGAUUUUGUUUGCAUCUGCAAUUUACAAGGGAAUUAUUACGUCACGCUAGGCCUUUAUUUUCAUAUUUCAUAUGUACUUUGUGUAUCAUCUAGCCUUUGUUUAGUUUUUUUUUUCUUAUGUUUUUUCUUGUCUUUUUAUGUUUGUUUGUUUUUUCGUCUGCAAAAAAAAAAGUAUUAAGAUAUAUUAUUUCCUAUAUUAUGUCCUGGCGUAUGUUAACGUGACGUUACGAGAUGUUACGAGAAAAUGUGCAAUAGAAUAAUAAUAGGGAUCUCACCAAAUACAAGGAACUCUCAGAAGGGUUGAGGGUUUGUUGAUCCCUCCCCUCCUUUUCAAAGUUGAGUUGUUUUUGUGUUUAAUCAAAUCAAAUUGGAGUUUGGAUUUGAAGUUCUUUUGAAAAGAUCGUUUGGUUUAUGGUUUAUUUUCAUGUUUCAGAAAGUCAUAGUCCUCUUGAUUCACGGACAUUCCGGCACAUGCAGACGUAAUCUUCGUCCACAGGUCUGUACUCUCGUCCAGUUUGUCUCCAGGACUCUGUGACCUAUAUCGAUGUGAUGCUCCUUCUGUUGUUACGCCAAGUCAACAGUCGACCGUGACCACGUCUAAUGCUCAGUGCUCUUUGGCAUUCUGUUGUAAGGCCACCUUGAUUUUUUUUCUUUUCUUUCUGUGCCAGAGGGGGAAACCAAGUGAAACGUUGCACAUGCCCUCCUCUACACUGCCAAAGGUCUGACAGUUCUGUUUCCAGUCUCUUUUAACUGUCUUGCAUCCCCUACUUGCAUUUACAAAAGCUUCCUUAGCUUCCAUAGUCAGCGGAAAAUAUUUAAAACAUCUUUAACCAACCUUGCCAAUGGAACAUGACCUCAAAAUUUCACCAGUAUUUUUACCAGAUGAUCAGCUGUUGUUGUUCAUUUCUCUGUCGGAUUAGAAAAGCGUUUUGCUGCAUACAAACACACAGAACACAGAACUUGCUCUGAGGCUGCAUGUUCAGACUGCAGGCAAGUCAUAUUUGUUUCUCAAAUCAGGUGUGUGUACCAAAUUAAACAACAAAUCCUUAAUAGGCCUUUGUUCCAUUUAGUUUGAAAAGCUUCAUUCAAGCAAUGUAGAAAUGGAAUACCUCAUUGUUUCACAUUAAGGAUGUUUCUCCUUUUUAUCAUACUUGGUAUUAAAGUGAAAAUAAAAUUAAUUUCACACAUGCAUUUUUAAUUCUUCAGAUGUUUCCGUUCUUGCCAAGGAAGAAGUCGCUCAUGACAAGUAUAAGCUUUCCCUGUUAGAAAAGUUGUCCAAAGAAAUCGAACUGACGUAACAUCGAUGCCUGUGGUCACUCACCGUCUCGUAGCUUCAUGAGAACCUUCUUUUCCUCUCCUGCUUGUCUUGCUUUGCUACAUAAGCUCUUGUUUCGUCUCUCGUUCUUCUUCCUUGGAAGAAAUGGACUUCUGGUCUUUUGAGGCAUGGCUUAACCAUAAGCUUGGUAAUCUCAUGCGGAACCUCAGAAUAUUUUCCUACUGCAGGGUAUACUUUUCUAUUUUUCCCCUCUUCUUCUUCUUACUGCUGACCUUUCUUUCCAACUUUGACUUGGAUGGUGGAUGGCUUCAGAUUCUGGCCUGUUCCAGCUCGCUUGCUGCUGUUCCAAGAAAAUGAGUGUUGUUGUCAUUUUACUUAUAUCAACUCUGUGCCUGAGGCAGGAGGGUGUUGAGAUCGGAAUCUUUGUAGUUGAAGACAGCACUAGUACGUCUGAAGUAUGG